AUGUGGGGCAAGCUCACACAACAUAUCGGAGUAUGGCUGGGACUUGAAGAAAACCGGCGAAUGCGCCCCUCAUGCUCACUCUCCGUCCUUCACAACUCACAUUUUGCGGUAGUCAGACCCUCAAAAAGUUCGGAAAAUCUACAUCGGGUCGUCAACUUUUCAAGUGAGAACCUCAACAAGGUCGCCGUAUCGCCCGAGCCAGCGCCACGGCUUACGAAAAGACAAAGCAGAAGUCCGCCCUCGAAAAAGAACUCGAUCUUCUCGCUUCGACGUGGCCGCCAGGGCAAGGAGAAAAAGCGGCAAAAAGAGGGCAGCGUCCCGGCCUCCGAGAAGUGGGGAACGAUUCGAUCAACCGGCCGUGACUCCUCGGUGCCUCCAACAUCACCAGAGGGCUCAAAUUAUGCCGGUUCCGUGACGCGGUCGUGGCAUCCGGCCGCUGGCCAGGCGGCCAUGCACAACGGUCUCAAGAACAUCUUCACCAUGUUCAGGCCCUCACGAUCACGCUCAACACAUCAAAACGAACAAAUGGCGGUGAACCGGACAAUGUGCCCGACAAGUCAAACGGUGGCCGACUUCACCCAACUCCGCCGCCGCCGACCCCGAUCCGCCCAUUUUGACCCGAACACGUUGAUAUUGCCGAAAAAUGAGGAAAUCCCCCAUCUCAACGUCGACGAGCUGUACACAAGACAAGAAAAGCUCGGCGAGGGCAGCUACGCGACUGUAUACAAAUGUACCUCAAAACUUGACGGCUCAAUCGUGGCCCUCAAAGAAAUCAAACUCCAAUUCCAAGAAGGUCUUCCAUUCACCGCAAUUCGUGAGGCAUCGUUGUUGAAAACAUUGCGGCACGCAAAUAUUGUCUGCCUACACGACAUCUUCUAUCAGCAUGAUCAGCUGACGUUUGUAUUUGAAUAUAUGACCCUCGACCUCGCAAAACACCUUGAGCAAAACGCCGAGGGGCUCGACACGUUCCAGGUGAAGCUCCUUCUCUAUCAACUCCUGCGAGGCCUCGCCUUUUGCCAUCAAAAGAAAAUUUUGCACAGAGACCUCAAACCCCAGAACCUGUUGCUGAACGAGAAGGGCGAGCUGAAACUGGCGGAUUUCGGGUUGGCCCGGGCAAAAAGCGUGCCAAGUAGAACGUACUCGCAUGAGGUGGUAACGCUAUGGUACCGCCCGCCGGAUGUUCUCCUCGGUAGCACAAACUAUUCGACCUCCUUGGACAUGUGGGGCGUCGGCUGCAUCAUGGCGGAGAUGUGCACAGGUCGGGCAUUAUUCCCGGGCAGUCGCGACGUCUCCGAUCAGCUCAACACCAUCUUCUCCAUUCGAGGAUCGCCCGAUCCGAAAGCUUGGCCGGAAGUCGCGUAUCUACCACACUACGACCCAUCCAGUAUGAUAGCACAAGACGAGGUCCCGUGGAGCAAGGUCCAUCCCGGCCUCUUCCGGCUUCACAACGGCUUGGAGCUGUUGUCCAUGUUUUUGCAGUUAAACCCAUCGAGCCGCGUGCCGGCUUCACUGGCCCUGCUGCACCCAUUCUUCUCAGCCCUCCCACCGGCCAUCCACCUGCUGCCCCCACAGCAGCCCAUCUUUGUCCUCCCGCAGCUCCAGGGUCUACGGCGA